AUGCUGGCCCUGGCCCGUCCGGGAGGAGAUGGGCUCAGUCGCAUUGAGGUCAGGCGAAUCCAGAAAAAGGAUCCAGCCACAGGGGAAGAGUAUGACAGCAUCUUCUGGAAUGAGACCUAUGACAAGGAAGGCACCAACAUUUGUCAGCAGGAAGGGGGUCGUUUCAGACCUUCCGCAGCGAUUCUUCAGAAAGCGAGGCGGCUUCUCCAAAGCGAUGCGGGUCUUCUGCUAUCCAAGGCCGUUGCAGCAUAUGUUCGAUUGGCUGAGUACUUCGGGCAGGAGCUCUACCACAUGGAGGCCGAGAUCGGAUCCCCUCUGCCGAAGGAAGAGGCGCACGGAGAGAAGCUCGUGAUGAUGUCCACGGAUUGGUCAGACAAGUUGAAUGCCAUGCUGCAACUGGAAGGUAAGGAGCCAUGCCCAAACAGCGCCGAAUGGCUUCUUGUUUGCAUCAAGAGGACGAACUGCCUUUUGGAGAAGGCUGCAGAAGCCGACCCCCAUGGCCUCACUCCUGGCCGAAUGGCUACGUUUUUGGAAGUAGAGAAAGAGGUCACGGAUCACUACGAUGAGUUUGCCAUUCAGGCCAAGCUUGACAUGCCCCACAUGCCUGGCCUUUGCGAGCAGGAGGAGGACAGCAUGGUAAUUCCUACCGCCUCGCUGCUGCAAUCGGAAAGUGUGGCAGCGGCGGCGAACAGUGAACGGCACAGCCGUGCCGUGGCUGCUGUUUUACACACGCAGCGUGCAGCGGCAAGGACAGCACGGGCCCUCUCGGACCAUACGAGAUUGCACCUGCUGGAGGCAUCAUUCUUCACACACACCUGGAAGAAGGCAUGCGAGCUCAUCGGGUGCUGGACCACCUCCUUUGUCGAUAUCAUGGAUGCGUCCGCCGGACAUACCGCAGAGCUCGUGGACGUGAAUGCAUCCUGGCACGCGGUGAAGACCCACCAUGUAGCCUUCAUGCAGUUCAGGACCUCCGUAUGGGAGGCCAUGAAUGCAAGCGCUGCCUUCCAUGAGAACUUCAGCAGCUUCAUCUACGAAGCUGGUCGGACAAAAGGAGCGAGGCGGACGGAUCCCAUUUACAAAGAGACGAGUGACGUGCUGUCCACCGUGCUGGCCCUGGAGAGGGAACAUGAUGUGGGGCAGAGUGGGAGGAGAAGAAGAAGAGGACGAAGACGAAGAAGGUCCGUGGAUAUUGAUGAAAUGGGUGGCGAAAUCGAGCAGUCAGGGUGGUGGUGCUUCAGCUGGCGGGCCGGCUCCAUGACGGCCCACCAGAAGAAAUUCCCCAGCGCGACGGCGACCUGGGGAGCAGAGGUGGGUUUCACCAUGACUGUGGGCGACCCCACGGACUAUGAGGCAUGGCUCGAGGCUGCGGAAGGGGAGGAGCCGGCUGUCUUUGAGAUAGGAGUCACCCUGACUAUUGGCUAUGUUCCUAGUCUUCCGAGCGGGCAAGGAGUGCGGUCUGGCGUGUCAGUGGGUGGAGUCUUGGAGCUCAACACAGCUGGCCCUAAAGUGACCAUCACAAUGGGGCUUGGCACGAGCGCGGUGCAGGGUCAAGCCAGGGCGUCUGCAUGCAGCCCCAGGAAAGCGAGCAUUGGCCCCUUCAAAUGCCUAAAAAGUGUGGCUGCCGCGUUCACCCUCUUCUGCAAGGACUUCGACUUUUCGACCGGUGACAACGAUGCUCCGGACAAUGACCCAUGCGCCAAAGACGACAGAGUGUAUUCAGAGUUUGAGGAUGGGCGGCGGAGAAGCAGGAAGUAUGUGCGCCGGCGCCAGCACAGCAUGGAGGGGCAAGGUCAGACCACUGAGGAGUCGCAAAGCGAUUGCCGCGAGCGCUGCAAUAAUGUGGCGGGUUGCGCGCAUUACUCUUUCUGGCCACGUAAUGGUAAUUGUGAGCUCCAAUCCAGCAAUUCUGAGCUCACCCGGAGCUACAGAGGAGCAAAGACUGGUCCCCCAGUGUGCUGUGCCGUGUCCGGGGUUUGGUGGGCAGAGGAUGAGAACAGGCGCCGGCGAGCAAACUUAGAUGAAGACACACCAAAAGAUGUAACCAAGCACAUCAGAAGGCGGCGCGAUGGGGGGUCCGAGAGUACCUUAGAGAAAUGCCAAGAGCGAUGCCAAAACGUGGCCGAAUGUCAACAUUUCACCUACUGGUCAGAUGGCAAGUGCCGCUUUACAGGUUCGAGUGCCAAGAAGUAUUAUGGCCAUGGAGAAAGUCCCCAGGCAUCAGGGCCGAAGUAUUGCGAAGCAUGA